AUGGACAACCUUAGACGUCACCACUCCGUCGGCGAAUCCUUACGUCCCAGUUUCUCUCACCGUCAUGCGGUCGAAGACACUGAGUGGUACUCCACGCCCUCAGUCCACAACACGCCUCCAUAUGCACAAGUAGACAGUACUCGUCCAUCGGAUGCUACCACGAUAGACGAAGCUCCCGACCAUCCACCCACGUACACCGCGUCAGACAAUCUCCUCCCAUCUUAUGCGCCUGCCGACCCCUCGAUCCCUCUCCAAACCUACACCCUCGUCCAAGUCUCACGCAGCCUACAAAUCCUCCUCCCAACCACUCCGUCAACCUCCCAACCAGCGUACCGCCUCAUAACACGCUCAUCACCCAAGCUCUUCAGCAAAAGAGCAGAUAUCACACUCGUGCGUAGCACUGCAGCUACAUACAGCACGAAGAUCGUACCAGAAUGUGACGUUGAAGUCGCACAUGCAAACUACAACGACGCUCCCAUUCUCCCCUGGAUGCCACGCGGCACAAUCACGACGAGAUAUGCUCCUACUGACAUAGGACUUGGCGAUGCAGAGCGUGUGAGCAGGACGUAUACACUGCCUAUGCAGAGCCGAAACUUCAAGGACUGGACGAUUGCAUUCGCUCUCCCGUCCUCCCACAACUCCGACGACGGUAAUCCAGGACAGCAUGCAGGACCCGCAAUGUACGUAUGGCGCCUCACACCCCUGCCUAGCCCCACAUUCACACUGAUGCACCUGAACGCGGAUGUGAAUGCACCCAUAGCGACAUUUACUCACACCGUCCUCGGCACCCGCGCUACCUCUGGCGCCGAAGUUGGUCACUUGCAUAUCCACAUCGUUCACGUCUUGCCCGCGGGUCCGGAUGUCGAGAUGGUAAUGGCGAGUCUGGCGCUUGUCAUGGGCCAUUUCAGACGCAUUGGCAGGCAGCAUUAUGGUGUUGCCAGGGGGUUUGAUCAUUUUGGUGCCGAUACGCGGGAAGUUAGAGGUGUGGGUCCUCGUACGGGACAGAGUACAGCUGUUCCGACGAGAAGCCUGAGCGUGGCCGAUGGGCGUGUAUGA